CACACAGACUGAUGAUUUCCUGGUGGUUCACGCUCGUGACGACUUCAACACUCUGCACGGCACCACGCCGUACACACACAGCAGUCCCGGGACCCCCAUCAACAUGCCCUGGCUGGGCGGCCUGCAGACGGGCAGAGGAGCCGCUGUGCUCAUCAAGCGCAACAUCAACAACGUGAGGAGGAUGACGUCACACCCCACACUGCCCUACUAUCUGACGGGUGCGCAGGAUGGCAGCGUGCGCAUGUUUGAGUGGGGUCACUCUCAGCAGAUCACCUGCUACAGGAGUCCCGGGAACUCCCGCGUCACCCGCAUACGCUUCAACUAUCAGGGCAACAAGUUUGGGAUUGUGGAUGGAGAUGGAGCGCUCAGUCUCUGGCAGACCAGCACCUCAGGAAACGCACCCAAACCCUAUCUGACGCUUCAGUGUCACAAUAAGACAGCCAAUGACUUUGUGUUUGUGGGCUCGUCAUCUCUCAUCGCCACCGCAGGCCUGUCCACUGACAACAGGAACGUGUGUUUGUGGGACACGCUGGUCACUCCAGCCUACAGCCUGGUCCAUGGCUUCGUGUGUCAUGACUCGGGCUCCACGGCUCUGGCUCUGGCCUGUAAGCAGCAGCUGUUGUUGAGCGGGGGCCGGCGGGGCUUCAUCACUCUGCUGGAUCUCAGUGUGAAGCUGCAGCGGCAGAGUUUCCAGGCGCACGAUUCUCCAGUCAAAGCUCUGGCGGUGGACUCCAGCGAGAGCUGCUUCAUCAGCGGGUCAGCGGAGGGCAACAUCAAGGUGUGGAGCAUGAACACACAGAGUCUCCUGCACAGCUUCAUCAAUGAACACUCGCGUCAGUCGCUCUUCCGGAACCUGGGCACGGGCGUGAUGCAGAUCGAAGCGGCUCCAGCCAAUCAGCUGUUCUCCUGCGGCGCCGACGGGACCAUGAAGAUGCGUGUGCUUCCAGACGCUCUGAGCGGCAGCGGCGGCAGGAACGACGUCAGGUUCAUCAUGUAGCACACAUUCAGGACGGCUUUUGCACAUGUAGAGCGAGCAAUACCAGACAAAACACACACAUGGAUCAGCCAAUCACAGGCGGUCCUGCUGUAGCCCCGCCCAACAAGCACACCUCAUCAUCAUCAUCCUAUUUAAAUCUGCAUAUAAACACACACACACGUAUCCAUCAGUCACACACUGCAGCACAAUGAGCUCCUUACUCUGAGAUUUAAAUCAAGAAGAGCACAGCACUGAUUUAUAAUCAGAGAUACUGAGUCAAAAUGAAGAGAUCUCACUCAAAACAAGCAGAGCUUUUAAUGAUCAGCUCUCUUCAUUAGGACUGGGUAUUUCUGAAAUCAGCGCUGUAUUGUGUUCCUGUCCUGCAGAUGCUUCUUGAUUUCAGGAUUUGUAGAUAUUUGAAGGAAACUCCGAGUAAGCAGCUGCGUGUGUGUUGUGAAGUGUGAAGCCUUAACUAGCCAAACUGCUGUGUUGUGAUCGUGCUCUAGAUUCCAAUAUAGUGAUGAUAAUAAGUGUCCUUAUAUUUCUGCCGUGUGUUUCUGCGGGCCGCUCGCUGACCUCAGAUCAGAUUCUUUUAUUUCAUGAUGUAAAUAUGAACAGCGGACUCCGUGAAGAUGAUUCUGUGUUAUAUAUAUAUAUAUAUAAAGCAUAUUUAUAAUCAUCAGAUGUUUGUUUUUAGGAGCGUUCUUCAGGUUUCCUUUUUUACGCUUUUACCUGCUGUCGAUCGCCUCUCAUUGGUUAAUCCAGGACUUUUAAUCUGAUGAAGGUCAGGUGUUCUCCUUUCUGAUGAUGAUGAUGAUGAUCAGCGUAUUAUAAUAAUAAUAAUGAUGAUGAUGAAGAAUCCGCUGUAGUGAUCGUGCUUUCUGCCCUUUAACCUCUCAAAUGUGAAUAUAUAUACGCAAAUCAGUCUAAUUUUAUAACGAGGAUGAAGAGAUCUGUAAAUUACAGCGCUGUCAUGAGGAAAUAAAUAACUUAAAGCAAACUCUGUCAUUUAA